GAACUGUCUGUCUGACUUAUAGUUGCAGGCCAGACUGUCGCGCGUGCUUACAGCACUCAAUGGAAUCAAUUUCAAUUGUUCUAAAUUUUGUAUGACUUGUGACGAAAAUAGUGCAGUAAAAAUGAUAUUAUUAAUUCGAUGAAACAAACCUUAAUUUCUCCAAUAACUUGUUGUUGUGUUUAUUUUGUGCAUAGUGUCAGUAUUCAGUGAGUAUUAUGAACUUUGACGACUAUGAAGCCCUUCCGACGAAUCAGAACUUUACCACACACAUGACUGCUGGAGCGAUCGCGGGCGUCAUGGAGCAUUGCAUAAUGUAUCCUCUCGACUCCGUGAAGACUCGCAUGCAGUCGCUGCGGUCGACGCACAACCGCACCAUCGGCGAGACCUUCAGGCACAUGGUGCGGCAGGAGGGCCUGCUCAGGCCCAUCCGCGGUAUGACGGCGGUGGUGGCGGGCGCGGGCCCGGCGCACGCCUGCUACUUCGCCACCUACGAGCACGCCAAGCGCUCGCUCUCACAGCUCACGAGGCAUCGGCACGAACACAUUACACACGGUUUGUCUGGAUGCUUAGCGUCGCUGGUGCAUGAUGCCGUCUCCAACCCCGCAGAAGUGGUGAAGCAGCGCAUGCAGAUGUUGAACUCCGAGUACCGCAGCGUGUGGGAGUGCGCGCGCGGCGUGUAUCGCGCCGAGGGAUUGCGCGCCUUCUACCGCUCCUACGGCACGCAGGUGGCGAUGAACGUGCCGUACACGGCGCUGCACUUCGUGACGUACGAGUGGGUCCAGGCCCGCCUCAACCCCGCGCGCAGCUACGACCCGCGCGCGCACGCGGCCGCGGGCGCCUGCGCCGGCGCACUCGCGGCCGCCGCCACCACGCCGCUCGACGUCUGCAAGACGGUGCUCAACACGCAGGAGGCGGUGCGCGCGGACGGACUGGUGCAGGCGGCGGCGGCCGUGCUGCGCGCCGGCGGCCCGCUCGCCUUCUUCCGCGGCGUGUCCGCGCGCGUGCUGUACCAGAUGCCGGCCGCCGCCAUCUGCUGGCUCACCUACGAGACCUUCAAACACAUCCUCGCGUAGACAGAGGAGCCUUCGUGCGGCGGCAGCGUGACGGCCGCGCACGCGCAGCGCUCAUGCGCUAUCGCCGUCCCGCUCCGACUUGCGGCCACGUCCGCCGACUAGCGGCCGGACAGAGCCUGCGGACGCCGCAAUGUGUACAUAGUCAGGCGGGAGCGUGCGAACGAGUGAUCACUUGCUUCGAACGAUCUUAUUUUGCGCGAGUGAAUGUUGUGUUACGGACCGUUUUGAAUUACGACCAUAUAUAUUCUAUUGUGAUAAAAUCAUAAUGUUUGUGCAAAUAAAAACAUAAUAUUGUUAUGAAUUGUGGAAACUUACUUCGGAGCUGGCUCGACUUGUGUAAUAUUUUAUUUAUAUUAUUUAUUUAUAGCAUUUGUUCGUACGUUCAUACCGGCGUUAACGUGGUUUUCUCUGAUCAAAGGAUUAACGAUGAAUAUCAAAUCAUUUAAUAAUAAAAUACAUUAGGGACGUAUGCUGAAGUGUAAAUACUAAUAAGAAAGUAUUUUUUUAAGUAUUAUUUUUUUAUUAAGAUUCAAAAUUAGCGUUAAAUUGUGUUUUAUGCGAGAACAGGGCCAUGGGCCUCGACGGCGGGCGACCUCCGAUUGUUCUAACGUAAAUAAAUCUGUUUCACUUUACACGAGUGCGUUUACCGACGUGGUAUCAAAAAUAUAGCAUUUAUAUUCGCAAAACAUUUUGAUUUUUAAAUAACAGAAAAAUGUCUAUUCAUCAUAUUUUUGACACCAAUCAACACAUGGAUACAUUUUAUUGGCGACCGUGAUAGGUCCAAGAUCUUUCCUUUGGUCCGGGAGCGCCGCAGUGUACUGCAAUGUAAAUAGUGAAGGGCAGUCGUCUGUGAUUUGUGCGUUUUUUAUUUCGUUUUCCAUUUCUAGCGCGAAUGUUUCCUAGAUGUAUUGAACUUUGAGAGAUUACGUUGGUACGCUAGACCAGUGUUGAUGUGUGUGUGACACAGUAUUGUGUUGUUCGAACAAAUUUGAUCAAGAUUUGCUCACUGCCACCGCCGUCAGACCACUGUCCAAAGAUGGCGUACGCAUUGGUCAAUUUGUCGUGAUUUAGAAGUUAUUUAAAACGAGUGCUGUGAAUUUAUGUGAGUCCAAAUCUUGUUAGGUACGUUUAAGAAGCCGUCACCAUCUUUGUAUAACUUUGCUUUGGUUAUCAAACGGCUGUGGCGGAGUCAAUGUAAUGGAAGACGUUUAUGAAUAAUUACGUGUCAGUUUUUAGAUACGGAAUUAAAGAGUUAGAGAGUUUUAUACAUUUGAGUAAUUUUUAGUAAAAGGUGAACGUAGCCGCUCCACACGCGACUGCUCCGCUCCGCUUCUUUCAAUAUUAUCAUCGCACUCUUUCUGUGUCCGAAUCAAGAUCGUAAUUCGGAGACCUGAAUGCUCUCAACCUGAUUCGGAAACCACGCGUGCAGCCGCCCUUAUAAAUACCUACUGCGAGAUAACCCCAAAUCAAGUCAAUUCCAGUAAUAUGAAAUGAUUCUAACAUUUUGCUAGCUAUAAGCAGCAAAAUAAUAAUUUGGAAACGAGUCCAGCGUACUUACUAAGUUCAGUGCUGUGAGCCAACGAUUCACGCGAUUAUACACUUACGUUAAGUUGUACAAUGAGGUGACUCCCGUUACCGCGGCAGCUAGUCAGACUCUCGGCAAACCGGCGCCGGCGGCGACGUCGGCCGCCGGCCGUCUCAGUACAGGGUUCACAUUUCCGAACGACGUAUUCGACACGAUUGUUUCGUAUUAUUCUUGAAAUUAUAUUAUGUACAGUUUAGUUGUUAUGUGUCGCAGCGGCUCCGGGGCUGCGGGGUGCUGCGAGCCCGACGCGCGAUUAUGUUAUUGUUUGUGUACAUUGUAUUUGUUAUAUGAGUUUUAUAGCAAUUUAAGAUUAAUUUAAAUUAAGAGUUUUAAAGUUUAAAUAUUUGUAUAGAAAUUAAUGUUUAGAUUUGCCUGGCCAGGCCAGAGACAAGUUCAAAAUUUUUUGAGCAAACAAUUGUCAAAAUACAUAGUAAUAAAAUGUUCGACAAUA